UCUGUGUUUAGUCCUUGCAAGGUUGUAACGUUAAUCGCACGCAAGACAUUAUCACAUAGCACAGCGCUCGUUCACAAACUCAUUCAUUUUCAUUGAACAUUUGGUUGAAAUACAAGAGCAAAUCGAAACCGUUUUACCAUAUAAUCGGUGUGCAAAAUUAAACCGAUUUCGAUAACAAAUAAAAAAAAAUUUAUAUAUAACUUUAUCAACGACUCUUAAUUUAUUCAGUGAAUCAUCACGCUAAAAAUUUUAAAACUAAAGAAAACAUCAUGUUUCCGCGGAUUUCGUAACAGUUGAACGGCGAAUGUGUUACUGAUAACAGCAAACUAUUCUGUCAUAAAAAACAGCACAAAAUAUUUAAGAAAAAUUGAUCAUUAGAAAAAUAAGACGUACGAUUUUUUUCGCUCCGCGUAUAAAAACUUAAAAAACAGUUGAUAAUUUAAAAAGUUAACGUAAAAGUGAAAUCUAUUGCCGCGACCAUUCAAACAAGCAGCAUUGUUUUCAACAAUAUUUGUUAUGUUCAAUACAUUGAAAUAAAAAGACGCAGUCUUGACGAUGACAUUUAAUGCUGGUCUAGUUGUAUGUUACUGUUUAGUUGGUUUGGCGCUGUUUGUGGUAGUUGCUCGCGCUGGACCAAUAGAUGCGGCAUUGAAUUGGGCUCGCGCCGACAAACUGCCGAUCGAAAUUGACGUAAAUCUACCGUGGCUACCAUUUGAGAAUGAAACCAGAUGCUAUGGUGAAAUUGGAUGUUUGAAUAUUACUCGUGAAUGGUAUCAUUUAAUCCAUCGACCAUUCAAUGUAUUCCCAUUGCCACGUAGUGUCAUUAACACUCGAUUCAUCUUGUACACGGAGAAAAAUCCAAUUGAAGGUCAACUUCUUGUGGCCGAUGACAAAGAGGGAAUCAAGAAGACCAAUUUUAAUCCAAAAUGGUUAACCAAGUUCAUUAUUCAUGGUUUUAUCGAUACACCGCUUUCGAAUUGGGUAUCUGAAAUGCGUGAUGAACUGAUAAUGCGCAAGAACUUAAACGUGAUUGUCGUUGAUUGGGCUGGUGGUUCGUUACCAUUAUACACACAGGCCACGGCAAAUACACGAUUAGUUGGAUUAGAAAUAGCAUAUUUGAUUAAGAAAUUGCAACAAGAGCACGAUUUACGGCCAGAAGAUGUGCAUUUAAUUGGUCAUUCAUUGGGUGCGCAUACGGCUGGAUAUGCAGCUGAACGUAUACAAGGCAUUGGCCGCAUUACCGGACUUGAUCCAGCUGAACCAUAUUUUCAGGGAAUGGGACCACAAGUUAGACUUGACCCAUCUGAUGCCACAUUUGUUGAUGUGAUUCAUACCGACGCACGAAGUUUCUUUUUACUGGAGAUACCAGGUUAUGGCAUGUCACAAGCCUGCGGCCAUAUUGACUUUUACCCAAAUAACGGUAAGGAGCAACCGGGAUGUGCACUGUCACAAGAAGGUGGAACACUUAUACCAUUGACUUUGAUAAAAGAUGGCAUCGAAGAGGCUUCACGCGUACUUUUGGCAUGCAAUCAUGUCAGAGCUAUCAAACUAUUUAUUGAUAGCAUAAAUGGAAAAUGUCCCUAUGUUGCGCAUCGUUGUCCAUCGUAUCAGCACUUUUUGUUGGGACGUUGUUUCAAAUGUAAUACAGGAAAUUGCGCAAUUAUGGGCUAUCACGCAACAUUGCCAAAGAUUCAAACAUUCAAUUCAUCUGAAAAUGAAGUCAUUCCAUCGGAUCGUAACGAUCAACCAGAAAAUGUGUCGGUAGCACCAGGCAAAUAUUUUUUGGCUACUGGAAAAGAGUAUCCAUUCUGCCAGCGACACUAUCGAUUCACAAUCGAGUUGGCGAAACCACGGCAAGCUGAACGAUGGGUGCAAGGCUACAUGACCGCUUCCAUUUAUUCGGAUCGAGGAGCAUUGCGCGGUAUUGAUUUGACCAAAGGUACUGCGCGUUUAGAACAUGGUUCAAAAUAUCAAAUUGUUAUACCAAAUCCGCACGAUCUGGGCGACAAUAUUCGCAAAGUUGAAUUGAAUUGGACACAUGAAAUGAAUGUAUUGGAACCGCGUUCACUCUGUCUAUUCUGGUGUAAUGAUCAUUUGUAUGUGAAAUCGAUUGUAGUCGAAACAAUGCAGAUGCCAUCUAGAGAAAAACGAAAUACGGAAUUUUCACAUAAAUUAUGUGCACCAAAGCGCGAGUAUGCCGAUAUCGCAAAUCGUGGAUCGUCCAUAUUUUACGAUGAUUGCAAAUUGUGAUCCUCCUAGGCGAUAAAUAAAAACACGCGACGCAUACGUUGAACAGCCAUGACGAAGCAUUGAUUUCUUACGUUGGUCAAAUCGAACUUUGUACGCAUUUAAACAUAAUUCCAUAAAUCACAUAAGGUUCAUACAUGUUUUUUCGCACACACAUAAACAAAAAUGCCACGAUUUUUUUUUAAAUCGAUGGAACACCGAAAUGAGCUCAGCGUUGACUUUAACUCUAAAAAGUUAGUCCAACAACAUUUAAUCGAAGAAGACACACUAUUUUGUGCCAAAUGAAGAAUAUUUCCAAUCAAACUUCGAAAUAGAAAUAAAUUAUCCAUCACGUAUUCCGAUUAAAUUUUUUUUCGGACUGAGUACGAUUUUUGUGCAUGACAUUGCUCAAUACUUGGAUUAAGUGAGAAAAUUUUUGUAACAAAAAUUUAUUAGGAACUAUACGCAAUUUUUUUUUUAUUGUUUUAUUCAUUAAAUGGUUUUUCUUUUCGUUUAAGUAUUAUUUAGUUUUUUAAGCAAAGAUUUGUAAGGAUUACAUGGAAAAAAAGAAGUAUUAUUGUACAUUUUUUACUUCAUCAACCAUAUGGUUCAUCGUUGUCCAUCUUUUUCUAAUGGGAAAUUUAGAAUAUCAGUGAAAAGUGCGCGUUAAGCUGCCAAACAGCAAAAUAUAAAACAUCGGACAGAAGAUGAUGCUUGUAAGGCAGAACAGCCAAGUGAAAAGUUUUCAUUUUCUUAAACCAAAGCCGAUUGAAAUUUUGAACUAUUACAAUUUUCUUGUAUGUAAACAGUUUUCUGUUUAACUUUGAAUGAUCGAAAGGUUUUGAAAUUUGAAUUUGUUUUGAUGAAAUGCAAAAAUAUAACGAAAUUUGUGAUAAUUUUUUUUCUUUUUUAACAUUAGUCUUAAUUUUUUAAGAAAUCCUAUAGAAGAAAAAAUUAUAUUGAAACG